AUUUUAAGAUAGAUGAAAUAAUAAAUACCUGCUUCGUUUUUCGUCAGUAAUUUGAGUUGUAUGUCUGCUAAAUUUAGUCCCUUUGAUAUUGAUAAGAUAGCAAUAACUUGUGCAGAUAAUUUUGGUAUUUAAGGAAAAGGACGUUUAAUAAUUGGAUAGAUUUUACCAAAUCAACCAAUAAAGAUUUUAUUUUAAGCAGAAGAAAGUGAUGCACUUUUUGAUUGUAGUUGGAAUGAAGCUGAUCCUAAUAUAAUAGCAACAGGAUGUGGAAAUGGGAUUGUAAAAAUAUUGAAUUUAGGAACAAAAUAAAUUCUUACACAAUAUUUGGAAUCUAAGGAAGAAAUUUAAUGUAUAGAAUUCGGACAUAAGAAUCCUAAUUGGUUGUUAGCAUCAAAUUUAAUAGGAAUAACUAGAUUAUUUGACAUCACAACUUAGAAACCUAUUGCUUAUUUUUAAACUCAUAAAGGAUGUGCUUAUACAUGUACUUGGCAUCCAAUUUAAUAAAAUAUAUUUGCAACAAGUGGAAACGAUGGAGCCAUGAGACUUUGGGAUUUGAAUAGUCCAUCAAAUAAAAAUAUUGCAUCAAUAAAAGCUCAUAUGUAAGAUACUUUAUGUUGUGAUUUUAAUAAGUAUGAAGAACUUAUUGCAACAUCAUCAACAGAUAAGACAAUAAAAUUAUGGGAUUUAAGAAAUUUAAAGUAAGAUAAAAAUAAAUAUUAUUUAUAGAGUUCCAAUAUAAACUUUAUUAGGACAUAGACAUCCUGUAAGAAAAGUGAAGUUCUCUCCACAUGAAGCAGUUAUUUUAGGUUCUGCUUCAUAUGAUAUGAGUGUAAUGAUUUGGAAUGUUUAGGAACCAUCCAAUCCUUUAAUGUAAUAUUUUUGAAUAUUUAUAAUGUUAGUAAGAAUCAUCCAAAACAUACUGAAUUUGUUGUAGGUCUUGAUUUUUCAAUUCAUACAGAGAAACAGAUAUGUUCAGCAAGUUGGGAUGGUAAGGCUAUGAUUUGGCAAUGGGAUCAAGAAUAACCAACAGUGUGAAUUUAAUAAUUCAGAGUAAAUCUUUUAUUUUUUAUAUUCCAU